AGCCCCGCCAGGUUGCGACGAUUUAAAGAAAAAGACCCUCACUCAAUUCUUCCGCCGCUUCCCAACAUAACUACAUCAAGAAUCCCCAAUCUACUUCAGUGCCGAAAUCAUCGAGAACUACUACUCCUGCCACUGCUUCAUUGGUACUCACGUACUCGACAAAAAAGCAAUCACAAUCAUGUCUUCCCUCGAUCAGCUCAAGGCCACUGGCACUGUCGUCGUGUGCGACUCCGGUGACUUCGCAACCAUCGGCAAAUACAAGCCCCAAGAUGCCACAACCAACCCCUCCCUCAUCCUGGCCGCCUCCAAGAAGGCCGAAUACGCAAAGCUCAUAGAUGAGGCUGUUGCGUACGCCAAGAAGGAAUACAGCAGCGGCAGCGUCGACGACCAGGUUGAUGCUGCUCUCGACCGUCUUCUGGUCGAGUUUGGCCAGGAGAUCCUCAAAAUUAUUCCCGGCAAGGUCUCCACUGAGGUCGAUGCCCGCUUCUCGUUCGACACCAAGGCUUCCGUCGAGAAGGCCCUUCACAUUAUCGAGCUCUACAAGAAGCAAGGUAUCUCGAAAGAUCGCGUCCUGAUCAAGAUCGCCGCAACAUGGGAGGGUAUCAAGGCCGCCGAGAUCCUUCAGCGUGACCACGCCAUCAACUGCAACCUGACCCUCAUGUUCUCCACGGUGCAAGCCGUCGCUGCCGCCGAGGCGGGCGCGUUCCUCAUCUCUCCCUUCGUCGGCCGCAUCCUCGACUGGUAUAAGGCCUCGACCAAGAAGGAGUACAAGAAGGAGGAGGACCCGGGUGUCGCCUCGGUCCAGUCCAUCUUCAACUACUAUAAGAAGUAUGGCUACAGCACCAUUGUCAUGGGCGCCUCGUUCCGCAACAUCGGCGAGAUUACCGAGCUGGCCGGCUGCGACUACUUGACCAUCUCCCCCAACCUGCUCGAAGAGCUUCUCAAUUCCAAUGACGUCGUCCCCAAGAAGCUCGACGCUGCCGCCGCCUCGUCCCUCGAUAUCGAGAAGAAGACCUACAUCAACGACGAGCCCUUGUUCCGCUUCGACUUCAACGAGGAGCAGAUGGCUGUUGAGAAGCUGCGCGAGGGAAUCAGCAAGUUCGCUGCUGACGCUGACACUCUGAAGGACAUCCUGAAGAAGAAGGUGCAGGCAUAAAUCAUCGAUCGGGUCGCAAACAGCGUAACGGCGAUUUUGAAGGGGAUGGGCAAAUAAAUAAACAAAGCAUAUUGAUUAAUUCCACUGGCUAAAGAUCAAGUACGGUGGUGGGGAUGAGGAUGAGGAUGAUUUACAUACAUAGCAGGUGUCAAAACAAAAAGGACACAUGAAUGUAAGAUCAACGCUGCUCUCAUUUUCAUUUGUUACACGGGCUUAAACGUGGUCGAAUGCCCUGAGUCACGAUCAAUUGUGAGGGCAUAUGGUAAUGAAAGGACCAAACGUGCCUCGUUUCCUUGGUAUUGCAUAAUAAAGAUCUAAGACGAGCAGUCACGAUCAAUUGUGAGGGCAUAUGGUAAUGAAAGGACCAAACGUGCCUCGUUUCCUUGGUAUUGCAUAAUAAAGAUCUAAGACGAGCAGUCA